AUGGCCUUGGCACGCUCCGCCAGCGGCCCUGGCGGUCUCAGCAUCAACACGGGCGCUGCCAACCUCUUUGGCAGUAGCACGAGCCAAGCCCCAACCGCCGGAGGUCUCUUCGGUGGUGGCGCGCAGAGCAACCAGCCAGCACCGGCGGGUGGACUAUUCGGGACGACAGCACCAUCGCAACCUGCCCAGACCGGAGGCUCUUUGUUCGGCAACGCGCCCGCAUCCGGGCAGACACAACAAAGCGGCGCGCAACCGCAAACGUCCAGUCUGUUCGGCUCCACCGCCGCUGCAUCCCAACCGCAGGCGAGCGGUGGUGGCUUGUUUGGAACGGCAUCGACGGCCCAGGCCAAGCCAGCUGGUGGCCUCUUUGGAUCGGCCGCCACCACCACUUCGCAACCCCAGCAAUCAGGAGGCUUGUUUGGAACUGCAGCCACCAGCGCCCAGCCGCAAACCACCGGCGGUCUCUUUGGCACCUCAGCGCAGCAGCAACAGCAGCAACAGCAACCGCAACAAAGCACAGGAGGACUGUUUGGUGGCUCGCUGGGCACGAGCAGUCUGUUCGGUAAGCCUCAGCAGCCGCAGCUGCAACAGCAACAGGCGCCCUCCCUCGGCGGUGGCUUGUUUGGCCAAUCCAAACCUGCUGGCACAUCCCUCCUGUAUGUACCAACCUUGAUGCGCAACACCAAGACACACGCACCCUUACUGACCAUGUUUGAUCUCAGCGGUGGCUCGACGAUGGGAGCGUCCUCUAUUGGCCCCGGUCUCACAAUGGGCCAGUCAACCAAUUCACAACAGCAAGUUGUCCCCGGCGUGAGGAUAGACGUAAGCAAUAUCAAGCCAACGACGCGAUUCAACGACCUCCAAGAAGAACUGCAACAGAGGAUCACUCUGCUCGACAACUUCAUUCAGGGCUGCAUACAGCAGAAGAACCAAGUGGAUGCGUUCAUGCCCGCCCAUGGCGAGCAGCUGGAGGCCAUUCCCACCGACGUCAAGUUUGUCGCCCGCAAGUAUGACGGUGUGGCCAACGCCCUCGCCUCCGACGCUCAGACUAUCGACGGUCUGCGCGAGCUUGUCAAGGUCGAUGCCGAUCACGCUAGGAUGAGCUUCAAGGCUGUCGAGAACCUAAAACUCCCGGCGCAGUACCACACCUCGGGCCUGUGGUCCGCGCGGCAGCAGCAGCAGGAUGCUACGAACCCCGGCCAGAGCGGCGGUGACAGCUCAGAUGUCAUCAACUUCUUCUCCAAGACGUCGGACGAGAUGGACGAGCAGCUCAAGAAGUUCACGAGUAACCUGAGCGAGAUCGAGAUGCACAUGCACGGCGUCCAGUCAAACUUGCUGGAGACGCUGCAGAGGGUGUCGUCGCAGUCCACCAACGGUGCGCAGGCAGGCGCGGACAGCAGGGUGGCCGAGCUGGCAGCCGUGCUGAGGGACUUUGAAGAGAGCAUCCUCAAGGUUGCGGGUGUGAUUGGUGGCGCGCGGGAGGAGAUGACCGAGCUGCAGCUCGGAGCGUUCAUGGGCAACAGCUCAAAUGGCUUGCGCUGA